AAAAAACCUAGUGCAGAAUUCCUUUGCUUUUAAGAAUAAGAGGAUUAUAAUUCAAUACUACGUAUAUUUUUUUCCACAAUUUAUAAUUAAAAUAUUGCAUAGUUAUUAAAUAAAAAAUUUGGGUGAGGGAUUAGAGGCAUUUAGUUUUCCUUUUUAUUUUUUUGGGUGUUUUCAUUUGGGUUUCCCGGUCCGAAAUUUCUUGUGUUUCGUCUACUUUGAUGAUCUGAGGUAGGAAUCUUUUAUGCGAAAACAAGAGAAGGGACCCUAGAAAAUAACUUGACAAUGGCUGCUGUGGUGGUGACUUUGUCCGGUCCGAUUCAGGAAGAGUCGGUGAGGUCUAGUAGGCAUACAAGUGUUCCUUUGUUUCUUGGCACAGACGAGUCGAUUGUGAUUUACAUCACAUUUGCUGGUUCUGUGAUUCCCAUGCGUGUUUUUAAGUCUGAUUCUAUAGCAUCAGUGAAAGUAAGGAUCCAAACAUGCAAAGGGUUUGUAGUGAAGAGACAGAAGCUAGUUUUUGGGGGCAGAGAGCUGUCGAGGAACGAAUCCUUGGUCCAGGACUAUGGGGUUUCAGAUGGGAAUGUCCUACACCUGAUUCUCAAGCUCUCUGAUCUCCUAGUCAUCAAUGUCAGUACCACUUGUGGGAAGGACUUUGACUUCCAUGUUCAUAGGCAUCAGAAUGUGGGGUAUCUCAAGCAAAAGAUCGCCACGGAUGGGAAGGGAUAUUUUGAUUUUGAGGAUAAGGAUCUCUUCUGUAACGGCGAGAAGCUUGAGGAUGUGAGACUCAUUGAUGACAUCAGCACAAACGCUGCUUCUGAUGCCGUGAUCCACUUGGUAGUUCAGAAAUCAGCCAAGGUUCGUGCCAAGCCCGUUGAUGGGGAUGUCGAACUCUCUGUCGUUGCAGCUAAUUGGAACAAGAAUGCAGAACCUAACAAAGAUCUUCAUGCUUUGUCCCAAAAGCCCCCACAUAAAGAUGUCCUUUUGGAGCCCAUUAUUGUCAAUCCAAAGGUCAAACUGCCCCAAAGUUUGUGGGACAUGAUCAAUUCCGCGCUUGAUGGGUUGGCGAAUGGGAAACAUCCUAUAAGAUCAUCCGAAGGUACGGGAGGAACCUACUUUAUGAUGGAUGGAUCAGGAAACAGAUACAUAGCUGUUUUUAAGCCAAUGGAUGAGGAACCACUAGCAGUAAACAACCCUCAGAGGUUACCUUUGUCAUCCACUGGUGAAGGGCUGAAGAGGGGAACCAAAGUUGGAGAAGGUGCAUUUAGAGAGGUUGCAGCUUUUUUACUAGACCAUCCAAAGACCGGACCCCACGCAGCAUCCAAUGGGGACAUUGGGUUUUCUGGUGUGCCUCCAACGGUCAUGGUCCAGUGCUUGAGCGACGGUUUUCACCACCCGAAUGGGUUCAAGUGGUCACCCGAGCACGUCAAGAUCGGCUCGCUCCAGUUGUUUGUGAAAAAUAUUGGAAAUUGUGAUGACAUUGGACCCCGAGAUUUCCCAGUGGACGAGGUGCAUAAGAUCAGCGUGUUCGAUAUAAGAACUGCAAAUGCCGAUAGGCACGCAGGCAAUAUUCUGGUGAGCAGAGGAGAAGAUGGGCAUAUUGUGCUUACACCUAUUGACCACGGCUACUGCCUGCCCGAGAAAUUUGAAGAUUGCGCCUUUGAUUGGCUGUACUGGCAGCAAGCGCGACAGCCUUUCUCGGCAGAGACAGUGAACUACAUAAAGUCACUAAACGCCGAGAAAGACAUCGCGCUUCUUAAGUUCCACGGAUGGGAUAUAUCCGCGGAAUGCGCUCGCGUGCUUCGCAUCUCCACCAUGCUUUUGAAAAAGGGGGCCGAGCGGGGAAUGAGCCCAUUCGCGAUAGGCAGCAUCAUGUGCAGGGAGAACCUGAACAAGGAAUCUGUGAUUGAACAAGUUGUAAGGGAAGCACAUGGUUCAUUGCUUCCCGGCAUGACCAAAACCGAGUUUCUUGAAACAGUCUCCCAGCUAAUGGAUGCCCGGCUCGAAAACAUCUCUUGAUGUGUUUGAAAGGAAUGGGUGUGCUUAUUUUAUAUAUAGAAUGGCCAAUCCAGUCCAUGGUAUAUAGAUGGACUUUAAGGAGGGUGGCAGUA